AUGUCUCUUCUAAAUUCAUUGAGUAAUAUCCAUGGAUUUGAUUUGAAUUGUGCCAACACUAGCACUGGGGACAUUUCAUUGGGGUCUUCUGUUCAAGGAAAUGUGAAAUCAGCGAAGGUCGUAAUUCAACUUUUGGAAUGUUAUUCUAAUGAGUUGCUUCCAUGGAUUCAGAAAUAUGAAGUUUUUGAGGAAGUCUUGUUCAAAUUUGUUGUCAGCAUAUGGAAACAGAUAGGAGAUUGUAUGGGCUUUGCUGUUGGGAUCUGUGAAAAGGAGCUUCUUGAUGCAACGAUGAAGUUGAUGAAGGUUGCUGUUGCUUGUUGUUCGGUGGAAAGCCAGAACAUAAUAAUUGAUAAAGCUUAUACUGUACUUUCAUCCAGCACUUUCUUAUCAGUGAAGGAUUCCUUGUCCUCUCUUCAAGUUCAACUAAAAGAGUUAGAACCUACUCAAGAAAUGGACAAAUUUCCUAGUAGAGAUGAGUGGACUCAUUCUUUAUUUGCAUCAGUAAUUAUAGCACUUCGUCCUCAAACACACAUUCCAAAUAUUAGAACAGUAUUGCAUUUUCUCAAGAUUGCGCUCCUUAAGGGCUCUGUUACUGCCGCUCAGGCUUUGGGUUCUCUGGUUAACAAAUUGGAUCUAAAGACAAGUGGAACAGAGUGUUCAGUUGGUUGUACCUUUGAAGAAGCAAUGGAUAUCAUCUUUGGUAAAAGUUUAAGGAGUUCUUCUGACAAUGUUCCUGCUGGGGAAUCUGGCAUCACAGGCAAUGGGAGUGAGACCGGUCUUACUUUCUUAGCCCUUGGUGCUGCAAACAGUGGUUUGCUUCAAGUUCGUUCUGUUGUUGGGCUGGCAUGGAUCGGGAAAGGUUUGCUUAUGCGUGGCCAUGAAAAAGUUAAAGAUAUAACCAUGGUUUUUCUAGAUUGCCUGCUAUCAAAUGGCAGAAUGGGUGCCUUGCCACUGGAAGAAAACAAUUGCGACUGGGAUAUGCAUCUUUCUGCAGUUAAAUGUGCAGCAGAUGCAUUUCGAGUUCUCAUGAGUGAUUCUGAGCUUUGUUUAACUCGCAAAUUUCAUGCAAUAAUACGACCACUUUAUAAGCAACGAUUUUUCUCCACCAUGAUGCCCAUCCUGCAGUCUUUGAUAAUUCAAUCGGAUUCAUUACUCUCAAGAUCUAUGCUAUAUCGGGCAUUUGCACAUGUAAUAUCUGACACGCCACUGAUGGUUAUCUUGAAUGAUGCAAAGAAGUUAAUUCCAAUGCUGAUGGAUAGCUUAAAGUUGUUGAGCAAGGAUGUUUUGGAUAAAGAUAUAAUGUACAGUCUUCUGCUGGUCCUAUCAGGCAUAUUGACAGAUAAAAAUGGACAAGAAGCUGUAAUAGAGAAUGCACAUAUUAUCAGCAAUUGCCUCGUUGAGUUUGUCACCUACCCUCAUAUGAUGCUUGUUCGAGAGACGACAAUUCAAUGUCUUGUUGCCAUAUCAGAGUUGCCUCACACAAGGAUUUACCCCAUGCGAAUCCAGGUGUUACAAGCUGUAUCAAAAGCUCUUGAUGAUCCAAAGAGAGCUGUUCGUCAAGAAGCUGUUAGAUGCCGGCAAGCGUGGUCGGUGGUUUAG